CGAUCCCGGAUCACGCAGCGGGCCGCGAUCGCGUGCGCCGCUCCCCCUCCCCCCACUCCCCAGAGCACAUGGCGGUCUCCGGUAAUAGCGCCAUCGCCCUUGCGCGCCUGCGCUUUGCCUAUCUCGAGCGCGAGGGGUCCGUGGCCGAGCGCGUCAUCCCGGCACCCCCGCUGUCCAUCGGCGAGGCGGCUGUCCCCUUUGUCGGGUCGCCCAUCCACCUGCAGCGGUCCCCCCUGGCCGAGGCCGGCCUGCUGGCGGACGAUCCCGAUGCCUUGGGCCCUCACGAUGAGGGGGCCGUCACGCCGGACGCCGAGGCCCGACACCUGGAUGACCAUGCCACCGGCGUGCCGGCCUAUGCCCUGCAUGACAUCGCCAAGCCCGUCAACUCGCUGUCCAUCUCACACAUUGAGGCCCCUCUGCGCCUGGCCGAAGGCCGGCUCCAGGCCCGGCGCCUCGAGCAGCAUACCCUCGAGCAACAGGCCACCCGGGCCAUCCAGCAGCAUGCGGUGCACCAGCCUCUCAAUGGUGCCGGGCCGCAUGCUGUUGCCGCCCCCGGCGGGGCCGGUGCACACUUGCCCCCGGGCCCGGCCCCUCCGCAGGCCGAAUCCGGGGCCGAUGGCGAGCACCCGACCUUUCCCCCGGGGCAAAAGGCGCCCGCCGCACCUGGCGGAGCUCCCGGUCCCCGGGCCAUCGCAGCUCCUGCUGGUCGUGCUGCCCCGGUGGGACGGCCAUUCCCCAGCCCGCGCCGCACGGCCGACUCGUCGCCGGCCGACGGGCCGCUGACCUUUUCUCGACAAAGGCCCUCCUCGGUGCUCGAGUCCGCGUCAUCCAAGUCCAAACCCGGCAGCCUGCUGACCGAGCUGGUCGUACGCAACAAGGGCUACAUGAACCCCUUCUCGUCGUACUCGAGCUUCUGCGGUCGCGGCGAGCGGUCCCCGGUUGUCAUGAAGAUCUUCUUUCCCUUUGCCACCUUCCUGCCGCAGGAGGCCCCGGCUCCGGGAUCCGCCCCGGCCGCCGCAACCGGCUCCGACGCCCCGGCCGCCUCGGAUGCCCCGGUCGCCCCGGCUGCCACUCCGGCCGUUCCGGCCGCCCAAGCCACCCCGGCACUCGAGGGCAAUGAGUACACGGCGGCCGCCAUUGCCGCCGCCCGGCGACAUCGGCACACGGCCCGAUCGCGCUUUCACGCACAGCGCGCCGCCAGCAGCUCCAGUGCCACUGGCCAACGCGCGGCUCCCUCGAUGGUCCUCUCCAUCAAGAGCGGCACCACCAUCGACAAUGCCAUCGGCUAUGCCUUGUAUGAGUAUGCCGAGGCGGCCGUGGCCGGGCGCUUCACGCCGGCGCCCCUGGCCCAGGUGGGCGCCUACUCGCUGCGCAUGGUGGAUGACGACGAGCUAGGGACUGUGGAUUAUGGGACCCCCGUCUUCGGAAAGCAUCAGACCAUCGAAGCCGACACCUUUGGCCUGUGCGAGGACAAGGCCGCGCGCAAGAAGUUCGAGGAGGCUCGCAACUCCGAUCCCGAUGAUGCCGGUAAGCCGCUGCUUUUCCGCGUCCACCUCUACUCCACGCUGGACAUCAAGCAAACCUCCACGGUGAUGGCCCAGUCAAAUUGGACCUGCAAGGCGCUGCUGCGGCAGCUGUGCGAGAAGCACAAGCUCCCGAUCGCUCUGUACACCCUGCGCGCGGCCGAUGCGGUGACCGAGCUGCCGCCCGAUCAAAAGCUCAGCAUGAUCCCCGACAAUGAGCGCGAGGUCUGCCUCAUGAAGAAGGGCGGGAAUUCCGCCGGCGACAUCUAUGUCCGCCCGGCCAAUGAGAACCACCCCCACGAUGACCAGCUUGCGGCCUUGGUCUCGGCGGCCAAUGCCUCGUCCCUGCUGUCGGCCAACAUGCUGUCGGCCUACCGGACGUACGGGCUUCUCCGGGUGUCAGCCCCAUCGGCCCUGGCCAUGUUCCUGCACUCGGAGGAUGGGGCCACCACGCGAUCCAUCAACCAAGCCCUCGGGGCAUUGGCACCAAUCCCCACCAUCGGCGCAUUGGCCGCCACGCCGCUCGCCCUGCUGGUCCCCAUGCAGGUGGCCAGUUUGGUGGGCGCGCCCGGGGCCCUGACGACCCCGACGGUGGCCGGCUUCUCCUCGCCGGUCCUCUCGCCCGACAGCGUCACGGUGGUCCUGCCUCCCGGGGCCGGGGUCAAUGGAGCACCGGUCGCGGGCCCCGGGUCGGGGGGCUAUUCCGCACCCGGCGGGGCGCCUGCCGCCGGGCCCUCACUCAUGGUCACCCUGCCGACCGGCACCACGGGCCCGAGCCCGGGGAACCCCGCCGGCUCAAGCGGGUCCAAGUCCUCGGCCUUGCGCGUGGCCAACAGCGCGGCCAAGCGCAUUUUCGGCGCCCUCUCCCCGAGCAGCUCCUCCUCGCAGCAGGCCCUGCCAAACUUGUACAACUUCAUCGCCAGCCUGGCCAUCCUGGCCGAGUCUCUCUGGGCAUCCGCCGCCCCGACUGGUGACACGGGUGCGGGGCAUCCCCCACCACCGCAGCCAAUCAUCGGGGCCUGCUUCUCCGGCCCGGCCCCGAUCAGUGCUCGACAUGGGCCGCUCGGUGGCGCGGCCGGGGCCGGGGUCGGUGGAGCCGGCGCCGGCGCCGGGCUCCCCUCAAGCGCGGCCCCCUACUUCCUGGACCGCCUUCCCCAGGGGACAUACAUUGCCAGCCCGGUGAGUGGGGUCCGCUUCCCGGCAUCCAUUUGCAAUGAUCGGGGCAACCCCAUGGUCGGGGACCGGUCUCCGGCCGAGCGGUGGACCCUGACCAUCGAUGGAUUGCGCUUCAUCCUCAGCCCGGAGGACCCGCACAGCCCGAAGGUUGCCCUGUCGCCCGAGCAUCUGAUCGCCUGCUUCCUCCUUCGGCCGGGGCACAUCUGCAUGAUUGUCCGCCAGUCGCCGCCCCUGCGCGCGGCUGACCAGGGGCCCCUGGAGUCGCUUCCGACACCCGCCCACCACCCAAGUGGCCGCGGCUCGGUCAGCCUCCCGGCCAGCGCGGCCCUCACGUCGGAACCCUCGCUGCUGGACUACUCGCAUGUCCUGUCACCACAGGCGUCCCCCUUCGAGCAUCUGCCGCUGUCACUGCAGCGCCAGCUUCUCCUGCCGCAUCACCACCACUCGCUGCACCUGCCCUACCACACGGUUCUCCCCUCGGCCGACAGUCUCCUGCCCCUCCGGCUGUAUGAGUCGUCGCUCCUGCUGAGCGAUGAAUCCCCCCCGGCCGGGCUUUCGGUGGACAUUUACACCGGCCUCCUCGAUGCGUCCAUCGGCCUGGAGCUGACCUCCUCGGUCCGGCUAUCCAGCCGAUCGGCAACCCUGUCGGCCUACCUGUCCCAAUUCUACCUGGAGCGCUUCCUCUCGCGGCGGACUCUGGCCAUGUCGAUGUCGGGCCCGGCCCUGCCCUAUGUCCGACCCGGGGCCGCGACCUCCACCACCACCACCGCCACCGGGCAGCCCGCCUCGGCUGAUGGGGAUUCGCAGUUGGCCAACUCCCGGUCCUCCUCCUCCUCAACCUCCCUGUCCUCGACCUCCUCCUCCUCCGUGUCGUCGCUCCUGUCGACACAGGACUCGCCAGGGCAGCCGCCCUCCGCCAGCCGGCCUGGAGCAUCACCGGCUUCGGGCGCCGGCCAGAUCGCCGCGCCCGGUGCUUCGUCCUCCUCCUCCACCUCCACCUCCUCCUCCUCCUCCGCGACGCAGCCUCCCCCGGUGGCCUCGCUCGGGCCCGGGCCCGCGUCCGGAUACUUCCUUUCUUCACAGCCACCCGCCCAUGCGGCCGACGCCGAUUCGCUGGCCGUUUGUGGGAGCGAGCUUUACCGCCAUCGGAGCUUCGAUCUACCUUUCUACUUUUAUGGGAAUCUCCCCAGCCUGCAGCAGGAGGGCGGCCUGCAUCCCAUCUUCGGGGGCAUUCCGCGCAAGUGCCUGCUCGGGUAUGGGUCCCGGUGGGGCGGGGAAGAGAGCUUCCCACAGGCAACGGCCCUGCUUGGCCCGGUGGCCGUGCCGGUGGUCUCGCCCGGGCCCCAGGCCGCUGCCCCGGCCAGUGGACUGUUCAGCGUCUUUAGCAGUAGCUCGCGCUCGGUCAGCGGGUCGCCGGGCAUCGGCCCGGCAGCCGGGCUGGCCUUUGCGGCUGGGCUUUCCAGCAGCGUGGGCGCCCCGCCGGCGCCCGGAGCCAUGGCCGAGCCGAGCCUGGCCGGGGGCAACCCCCUGCCGGCGGCCGGCCCCGGGGCGGAUGCCCACCUCUCGCACCACCACGGCGUGCAUUCACGCUACCCCGGCGGCGCGUCUUCCCUGUCGCCCGAUGACCAGGUGGUCUUCCUCCAGACGGACCCGGCCGAGGCGGAUUACAUCGUCCGCCACCUGCGCUUCAUCGUGGACUCGUACUUCCGUUCGGCCGUCUAGAGGGGCAGCGGGGCCGGGAGGGGAAGGCGGAGGGAGAAAAUGCGUUCACGCGCCCCCAUCUACACUUAGACGCUCGCCCGCUCUCGACCUUCACCAGCCGCCACACAUGCGCAUGUCCAGACACGCACGUCUCCCUCCAUCCCCCUACCCCCCCCCCCCUCUCUGCACCGGGAGAAUACACCCUUGCCCUUG